AUGGGAUCAGGGCGCCCCAGGAAAGGAACCCAGGGGUCGUCAGGCUGCAUUCCUGCGGCCCCCAGCCCAAGUCUGUCUGUGGUUGCAAGCCCGCAGCCACAGCGCAGUCCUCAGUGCGGCACCUGUCGGGCUGAGCCAGCGGGCGCGGAGUCUGGUGAGGAGGGGCGGGGCGGGGCCAGUGUCCCGGGCCUCGUGUGGGCCGCGGAGCCGCCAGGAGCCGGCGUGGAGGAGGAGACGCGAGGAGCCGGGGCCGCCGGGGCUGCAGAUCUGGGGCCGCUGCGCCAGGGAGCUAGGGUCGCUCAGCCAUCGGCCGGGUGCGACCCUCUGCGCACCCCAGAUCCCGGUACCCCAACCCCCGACCUCGGGACCCCGACCCCGAGGACUCCGGAUCCCAGGACCACGAUCCCACGCACCCCGGGGUCCCUAUCCUGUGCAUCUGGGAACCUCCACCCCGCACACCCCAAACCCGAGCACCCCGGACCCCUGGAUCCCAACCCUGGGUCCCCGACCACGCGCACCCCGGACAUCAGGACUCUGAUCCCAGGAACCCCACCCGCGCUCCCUGGACCUCCGACCCAGGGACCCCGACAGCUUGCACCCCGACCCAAGACCCCAACCCGGGACUUGCCGAGCCGCCCGCCGCUGUCCCCUCCCCCGGUGGGUGGGUGGGGUGUGGGGCGGGGAGAGGGGCCCGCACUGCCGCUCGCGGGCAGCUUUGUCUCUGCUGCCAAACUGCUCGCCCGCCACCAGGUUCGGCCCGACCCGGCCCGGUCCAGGUCUCCGCGCCAACAGGUGCGCGCCCCGCAGCCCCGCGCCCGGGCCCCGGCCCCGGCGCCACGCUUGGCGCGGCUCGGGAUUUGUUUAAACCUUGGGAAACUGGUUCAGGUCCAGGUUUUGCUUUGA